AUGGGUAAAUUAAAAAGGAUUAAACCAUCUUCCAGGUCAUCGGUUUCAAAAUAUUUAACGGUCAAUUCUAAUUCUCUUUUAUGUAAAUUACCUCCGGAAAUCCUUUUAAAUAUUUGUAAAAAUCUCUCUCCAUAUGAUCUAAUUUCACUUUCAAAAGUAUGUAAAUUAUUUUACAAUGAUUUACGUCAAGGUGAUUCUUUAACUAUACAACAGAUAUGGCGUGAAUCUCGACUUUCUUUUAUGCAUUAUCGUCAAAUGGAUCCACCCGAUGGAAUGAAAGAACGUGAUUAUGUUUUAUGGUUGUUGGAUUUAAGGUGUGAAUUUUGUAAAAAGAAGACUUCUUUGGAUAUUUCUUGGGAAUUUAGAGUAAGAACUUGUUCUAAAUGCUUGGAUGAAAAUUUUGUAAGGCAUAAUGAUCUAUCAAGUUCUUUAAUAUCUGGUAUUCCAACCUUUAUUCUAAAUUGUGUUCCUUGGAAACGAGAUGAUCGACAUUAUCGUAUUAGAAUUUUUCGGGAAGAACAAGUAAUAGAUAAAUAUAAAGAAUUUAUGAGUGUAUCUGAACAUGAACGUGAAGAGUGGAAAAAACAACAAUUGGAUAAAGUUUUACAAAUUCAGCGAGAUUCAAAAGAAACUAAUGAAGAUGGUUCUCUAAAGUAUAAUGAAAGUAUUCUUAAAAGUUGUCCUGCCCUCCAUAACGCUUUUAAUUAUGAUACCUAUUUUAGUGAGAGAGCUUGGAAAUUACUUAAAGGAAAAUUGAUUAAGGAACAUAAUAUAAAAGAAUUUUCAUAA